AUGACUGAUGCUCAAGUUGCCGGCGGCCACAAGGCUACUAUCAACAACCCCAACACCUCCGAGGAGGCCAAGGAGAACUCCCGUCAGGUUCUCGAGAACGAGUUCAACGGUGGUGACGUCACUGGCGCUGAGGACAAUAAGGAGAAGAACCCUGGAAAUGUUGCUGGUGGUCUCAAGGCUACCCUGAACAAUCCCAAUGUCUCCGAAGAGGCCAAGCAGAAUGCCCAGGAGCGCCUUGACAAGGAGGACUUCUAA